UCAUUUGUACAGAGCUCAACAUUUUAAAACAGCCGGAUUUCAAACUUGUAAGUAUUGUGUGUCUACAUAUUUUUGGACAAUGCUGGACUUACUUUGUUUUGGUCAUAGUACUCUUUAAAAACAUUUACAAAUGUUUUUGUUUCCAAUUUCCAUGAAUUCAAGUAAGAGAUAUAAGAUUUCCUAUGUUGUAAACAAAAGGCUUAUUUCUUUCAAAUGUGUUAAAAUCUGUAUUAGUGAGAACGACACCUUUACUGCAGUAAUCCAUCCACCUGCCAGAGAUGGGUUGUUAUUUGACAUGGACUCUGCUUCGUUUGGGAUGGAGCCUCAGCUCCUGCUCUCAGUUUCACCCACGUCAGUACUUCUACAUAAACAAGCCCAUGACCUGGUACCAGGCUCAGAACUACUGCAGACAGCAUUACACAGACCUGGCAACUUUUGAAAGCCAUGAUGAUAUAAGCAUGCUAGAACCUACGUUUUCCUAUUCUUCGGCAUGGAUCGGACUGUUUGAUGACCCCAAAUCCUGGAAGGAAAACCUUGGAAAUGACCACAACUCCUGGAGAUGGUCAGAGACUGGUCAAACAGGCAAAACUACUUUUAAGGCUUGGGCUAGCAGAGAGCCCAGUUUUUGGAACGCACAAGAAGCCUGUGUAAUCAUGAAUACUAAUGGAAAUUGGGUAGACACUAACUGCGAUGAAACUUUGACUUUUGUUUGUUACACAGUCACACACCAAAGUGAGAAAGUCUAUCAUCUAAUCCCGACUAUGAAAUCAUGGAAUUCUGCUCAGCAAUACUGCAGAGAAAACUACAGAGACCUGGCUAUGAUUGAGAACGCUGAAGAAAGCGCAAAGGUCUUGUCAAAAAUUGGUGGUCAGACAUCUUGGAUUGGUCUGUACCGAGUGCCAUGGACAUGGUCUGACAGGUCUCACAGUUCCUUCAAGAACUGGAAUGACAAUGAACCAACUAACUCGAAAUUUAUCGAAAACUGUGUGUUGGAGGACUGGCCUCAUCAUAAGUGGAAUGACAUUCCCUGUUCCAUGAUGUGGCCUUUCAUUUGUCAUCAAGGUGAUAGUUCAAUGAGAAAAAUAAAUGAUUAUUUUUGA